GGCGGCGGCGGCGGCGGCAGCCGAAGACGGGUAGUAGUAUAGAGGCGGGGGGUUUGGCUUCCCGGGCCGGGGCCGGGCCAUGGGGAAAGAGCAGGAGCUGCUGGAGGCCGCCCGCACCGGGAACCUCCCCGCCGUGGAGAAGCUGCUUUCGGGCAAGCGCCUCAGCUCGGGCUUCGGCUCCGGCGGCGGCUCCGGGUCCUCGGGGGGCGGCGGCGGAGGUGGCAGCGGCAGCGGCGGGGGGCACCCGCUCUCCAGCCUCCUCAGCAUAUGGAGAGGACCAAAUGUGAACUGUGUUGACAAUACCGGAUAUACUCCAUUGCACCAUGCUGCUUUGAAUGGUCACAAGGAUGUUGUGGAAGUUCUUUUAAGGAAUGAUGCAUUAACCAACGUGGCCGACUGCAAAGGCUGUUAUCCUCUUCAUUUGGCAGCUUGGAAAGGAGAUGCUGAAAUAGUGAAACUACUAAUACACCAGGGGCCAUCUCACACUAAAGUGAAUGAGCAGAAUAACGACAAUGAGACGGCACUGCACUGUGCAGCUCAGUAUGGCCAUACAGAAGUGGUGAAGGUUCUUCUGGAGGAGUUGACUGACCCUACUAUGCGCAAUAACAAGUUUGAGACUCCUCUUGACUUGGCUGCACUCUACGGGAGAUUAGAAGUUGUGAAAAUGUUGCUCAAUGCUCAUCCCAAUCUUUUAAGCUGCAAUACUAAGAAACACACACCUUUGCAUCUGGCUGCUAGGAAUGGCCAUAAAGCUGUAGUUCAUGUUCUCCUGGAUGCUGGCAUGGAUAACAACUACCAGACGGAAAAAGGCAGUGCUUUGCACGAAGCUGCUUUAUUUGGCAAAACAGAUGUAGUACAGAUACUGCUAGCUGCGGGCAUUGAUGUGAAUAUAAAAGAUAACAGAGGCCUGACUGCUUUGGAGAUUGUGAGGGAACUUCCAUCUCAGAAAAGCCAACAAAUAGCAGCUCUCAUUGAAGAUUGCACAACAGGGAAGAAGAUUGCAAAAGCAGAAGACAAGACACCGCCAGCAUCAGCUACCUCUACUGAAACCUCAGUUCGUGUCCCCCAGGGCAAUGUGGAGAAAGCAGUGACAGAGCUGAUCAUAGAUUUUGAUGGAAAGCCAGAUGAGUGUCCAUAUGAAGCCUUGUACAAUGCAACAUCCUGCCAUUCUUUAGACAGCCUUGCCAGUGGAAGAUCUUCAGACAGAGAUUCAGUGAAUAGGGAAGCGGAGAUGACCAGUGUUAAAGUGACAGGAGUGAGGCCUAGAGAGCGUCCGCCGCCUCCUGCCAAGCCUCCCCCUGAUGAAGAGGAGGAACUUGUAGAGAAGCAAAGUUCAUCUUCUAAGGGUUUUGUCAGCAAGAGGAAGAGCAGGGGAAGCACAGCCGAUGAAGAGGAGGAGCAUCCUUAUGAGCUGCUGCUAACAGCAGAAACUAAGAAACAUUCUGCAACAGAUAAAAAAACAAAAGACCAAAGGAGGAGCAGCAACAGCCAAGCAGAUGCCCAAGAUGUCCAAGUGCUGGAUCAGUUCUCAGGUCUGCUGCAUGGUUCUUCUCCGGUGUGUGAAAUAAAUGAGGACCCUUUCAGGCUUAUUUCUGCUGUGGGCAAAGGAAGUACCGAGGGGACUGCUAUGCAGCUUGAAGAUGCUGAGGAAUCCAUAUCGGUACAGACUAGCAGUGCAGACCAAAAUAAAGUGGUCUAUUCAACUGUUCGCCAUACCAGUGACAACAAGUUGGACCCUGAAACUUUAGCACAUCCUCACUUGCCACAGCACCCUGGUGGUGCUGAGGAAGGAGACAAGAGCAGUGUUGUGGGCAGAAUUUACCCAGGAGGCAAGCCCAGAGCAGAACUCAAACUCAGCCGUAGCUUGUCAAAAUCGGACUCUGACCUCUUGACCACCUCCCCAACAGAGGACGAUACUAUGGGGAGCAGAAGUGAAUCACUUUCCAAUUGUAGUGCUGGAAAGAAAAGGCUGGAGAAAUCACCUUCAUUUGCUUCAGAGUGGGAUGAGAUUGAAAAAAUAAUGAGCUCCAUUGGUGAAGGCAUUGACUUUUCUCAGGAACAGCAGAGGAUUUCAGGUUCACGGAUGCUGGAGCAGAGUGUUGGGGAGUGGCUGGAGUCCAUCGGCUUACAGCAGUAUGAGAGCAAACUGCUUCUCAAUGGCUUUGAUGAUGUUCGCUUCCUGGGCAGUAAUGUCAUGGAAGAUCAGGACCUUCGAGAGAUUGGUAUUAGUGACCCACAGCAUCGCAGAAAACUUCUUCAGGCAGCACGGUCUCUUCCUAAGGUGAAAUCUCUGGGCUGUGAUGGGACUCAGCCUUCUGUUCCUGUAUGGCUUGACUCCCUGGGGCUGCAGGAUUAUAUUCAAUCAUUUUUGUCGAGUGGCUAUAGCUCUAUAGACUCUGUGAAAAACCUCUGGGAACUAGAACUAGUAAAUGUACUUAAGGUAAAUCUUAUUGGUCAUCGUAAGCGUAUAAUAGCCUCUCUGGCAGACAGACCAUAUGAGGAGCCCCCACAGAAACCACCACGGUUCUCUCAGCUAAGAUGCCAGGAUUUGAUAUCCCAGACGUCUUCACCCCUAAGCCAGAGUGACUCUUGUACAGGGAGAUCUGCAGAUCUCCUGCUGCCUUUGGGGGAUGCUGGAAAGAAGAGGCAUGAGAGCAGCCAUGACAUUGCAUCAUACCCCAGAACAGAGAGACUCAAGGCACAGGAGGAACGCCGUGAAUCUAAACUUACGCUCAGACCCCCUAGUCUGGCUGCUGCUUAUGCCCCUGUCCAACACUGGCAGCAUCAACCAGAGAAGCUUAUAUUUGAAUCCUGUGGGUAUGAAGCCAAUUAUCUAGGUUCCAUGUUAAUCAAAGAUCUUCGAGGGACAGAAUCUACACAGGAUGCCUGUGCAAAGAUGAGGAAAUCAACAGAGCAUAUGAAGAAGACCCCAACUAUAAUAUUAUCUAUCACUUACAAAGGAGUGAAAUUCAUUGAUGCAUCUAACAAGAAUGUUAUUGCUGAGCACGAAAUCCGGAACAUCUCUUGUGCUGCACAGGACCCGGAGGAUCUCUGUACAUUUGCCUAUAUCACAAAGGACUUGCAAACUAGCCACCACUACUGCCAUGUCUUCAGUACCAUUGAUGUAAAUCUAACAUAUGAAAUCAUUCUGACUUUGGGACAAGCAUUUGAAGUAGCCUACCAGCUGGCCCUCCAAGCCCAAAAAUCAAAACCUCCAGGUGCUUUGACAGCUGAAAUGAUAGAAACAAAAUCUUCAAAACCGGUGCCUAAACCUCGAGCCAGCAUGAGGAAAUCAGCACUCGAGCCAUCUGAAGUGGACCAAGACUCCCAGUCCCAUGCUAGUGUGUCCUGGGUUGUAGAGCCCAAGCAGGAUUCCAAGAGGACCCUCAGCACUAAGUGUGGCACCAUCAGAGGCAACAGCACUAGGAUACCAUAGACUAAACAGCAUUUUGUAUCUGAUCUCUUCUGAACGCUGUGAAUACUCCUAAUGGAAACAAGUGUAACUCACUGAGAGAGCUACCUGUUUUAGAUGUCUGUGAGGUGGGAGAAAUGAAGCCUGUAGGAGUCAAAUAUGUGGAUUUCAGAAAACACCCAGUGUUUCUUGACUUUCUCUUCAUUUUGACACUGUGAAUUUGUGGGGUGAAGUAACACUCCAUAGGCCUUUUCUAUUUAUCAUUCUAAACCUUGGACUGUUCUACAACUUUGGUCUCAUAUGUACAUGCUGUCUCAAUUUAGAUUUAUACCUCCAUACUGAGUCAUGGCCACAAAACUGUUUCCAACAAGUAGCACUCUUCUACUUAUCGUCUCAGAAGACACUAACCACUGUGAUACUGCUUGCAAACCUCUUGCUCACCAGAUUUCCUAGCAUGGAUGCUGCUCACAAUCUUUGCUGUCCUUGGAUAUCUGAAUGCAUGGUAUAAUAUAAAGUUCUACUUGGCAGUGCGUCUGCUCUAAUUAAGCGCUUUUCCUUUUUCCUAGGAGUUAGGCUUGGUAUAUUUAAGAAAAUGCCAAAAAGGGAUGUUUUCAGCUGUUCAUUAAACAUGAUGCCUUUUAAAAAAAAUCAUUACCUGGAAUUAUCACUCUCUGUUCAGGUUAACCAAUCUGCUUAUAAAUAAUAAUUUUGAAUUGAUUCCCCCCCUAAACUCUUUUUAAAAUUGAAACUUUCAAAGGCACAUGUCACUAAAUUGUACACAAAGACUGACAAUCAAGGGUGUGCUUUUGCUGUAACAGAACACAGUUCCCCUUUAGAAGAAAAGGGGUCAAAAUUUCAUGCAAAUAGCAUCUCUUUAAAAAUUGCUAAAUGUGACAUUCCAGGCACACUGACACUAUCAAAAUAUUUGCCAUUUAUUUUUCUUCAAGCAGGUGAGCAGUAUUUGCCUUAUUACAUUCUUCAAAUGGCAAACUUUACGUAGCUCAUUAAACAAUGAUUGCAAAGAAAUGUUGGAUUAGGACCAGCUUUUGAUAAUUAGGUUAAGGCCUACAGAGAUUAUUUCUGAUAUUGUUAGAGUAGAGAAGUCACUAUAUUAGACAAAGGUCUCAAGCAAUUUUUUAUCUCUCUCUGUUCAGAGAAUAGGGUCAGCAGUGAGACAGUUGUUGAUGAUAGGUGAGGUAGGGCCAGAUAUCUGCCCACCGUCCCUGGAAUUAUGUCCAGGAAAUUAUACCAAAUUGUAACUAGGUACAAUUAUAGCAGUUGAAGAAUUUAGUCUCUUUAGACUACUGCACAUUUGAGUGUUAAUAAAUAUAUCUGUGCUUUGCUUUUAUUCUCAAAAAGCAAACAGUUAUUUCCCUAAUAUGAAUAGUUUUAAUCUCUGUCAGUUGCAGGAGUUAUUGGUGAUUUUUCUCUCUCCUGAAAACCAGAUAACAUAGUACAUGUGCCUUUUAAUGGUAAACUAUCCAAGAAGCAUCAGAGCAGUUGGUUAUGAACAGAGGGCAUCCGCCAUAUGGCUAUAAAACACACAAAGCUGUGGCCAUUAACUUCUCCAUCACUGUAACUGAAGGCUUCCCUCAGUAGUUUUACAUGAAUGAAUAGCUCGUUCCCUAUAUUUCUUUCCAUUAAUAUUGUCCCCAUUCUGUUUGCCUUCUGCCAAGCUGAACAGCAGACAUCCGCGUUCUUCCAUGGAAAUGUAGUAAAGGGGCAGAGCACUAAGAAGCAGAGAAACCGUGAUGUAUGAAGAUCAACACCCGGCUCUGGGAUAUGUCCUUGGCUGCUCAUUAAGGACUUCCAGAGUUGAGUGAAAAGAGAUUCCAGCUACAAGCUGACAAAAAGCAGUAUGUGUUUUUAGCAAGAGAAUGAAACAUCUGAGGUUAAGAGACUGAUGCUCUGAUUUAAAACAGUGGUGUACAUGCAGCAAUAUUGUGAAAUCCACAAUUUCAGCAUAACAUGUUGUGUUGACGAAAGUGGAGAAUCUUAACUGUUAAAAGAAAAUGUGAAUGUGCCUGUCUUACAGCAUAGGCUGAGUGGAUGCUAGAAUAUUAAGCAUUAUACACUUGAGGUUGCUAAGUAGUAGACAAAGAUUCUGAAGUCACUGCAAUAUUAAACUUUGAAGGUACUGGCAACUGUGAAGGUACUGUACACCCUUCACAGCUGCAGUGAAACAGGUGGGAAACAGGGCGUUUUUAAUAAAAAUUAUCAAUAUUUAACCCUUCAUGACCAUUGCUGAACUGAUGCCUGGUACAAGUGUGCUUUUACUGCAAAUAACUCUUAUUAUGGCAGUAUUUCUUUUUUGGUUAAGUACAAUUUUGUCACACAUUUAUGUAUACAUUGAAUAACUGGACUGUAGCUCCAUGCAUCUCAUUCCUGUACCAUAUUUUUGAAAAUGUGGUUGUGCCCUGAUGGUUUGGGAUUUUUAAGUAGUUAAUUCACUGAUUAGCACUUUUUAUACUAGUUCAUAAUUUAAGUAUACUUAGUAUAUCAGUUUCACAAUAUGAAAAAGAUGUGGAGAGAUUUUGGGCAUUAUGCUGAAACAGUUGUUUCUUGUUCUACUCCACCCAAGAAUGACUGUAUGCUUCACAUAGAGUAUCACAGUCUCGAACACUGGUUUUGGCUAUGGCUGUGACAUAUACAUCUUUCUAUAGCCUAUCUGAGGAAGUGCAAAUAAGUCUGUGUUAGCUUGUGGUACCCUGCUAUUUUGUUAAUGGCUUGUUUCGACUUCUGUAUCUUUAAAAUGUAAUUUAGUCUUAUUCCAGAUGAAAAGGUAUCGAGAAAAAACCAAAUCAUCAUCCCAAAGGCCUGGCUUUGGAAAUAAUUGGUGGAUGAAUUUUGGAAAUAUUAACAUUCCUUUAUAUUCAUAUGUGAACGGUAUGCUGGUGAUGGUUAUAAAUACUGAGGUACUUAUAACUGUUGUGAGAGAAUGCACACUGAACUGUUUUGCUAUAGAGAGGAUAGCCUUAGAACAUGGUGACAAAAUGAACGAAAGCUUCCAACUUGCUUCUUCCAGUGAUCAGGUGCUUCCUUUCUCAGAGUUUACAUGGACAUAGCAAUAUCUAUGACAGUAUCUCCUGCUUAGGCAUUCUUUAUAAGAAGGUAAUCAAAGCCAUUCUGGUCUGGACUUUUCCUAUGAAUUUUAGUUAUUCCUGUGCUCCGAGCACUUUGAAUACUAGUACAAUAUUUGAGACUCUUGCCUCUCUGUGGGAUUUUGCAGCACACUGAGAAAGUGCCCUAUAUUCCUGGCACUGAAUGCGUUUUGAGAUCUUCAAUGAAAAUGCUGUUGCUGUUCUAGCACCAACCUAUGCUGAAGCGGCAUCAUCAAUGCUCCCCUCCCCCCCCCCCCAGUGCUCCAAAUGUUUCCCUUUUCAAAAAGAUGUAUGUCUUCUGUAGACUUCUUUUUAUCUUUUGUGUCCAGGAGAAAACACUAUAAAUGUUAAGGUGGCUGAAGGAACUGCUCCUUAGCUCUUGAAUGGGAAAUCACGUUAUUAAAAUCAAACUCUUGCAAUCCUUUUAUUUUGUACAUGCCAUUGUUGGCUCAUAGGAUCUGGUCUUUUUGACUUUCUUAGCUUGAGAUGAAAAUCUUAUUUGAUUUCUGAGGUACAUAACAAUUCUGCCCCCCCCCAUAAAAGAAAUUCUAGAGCAGUUUAAGAGUUGUGCUGCUCUUGCAGACCAGAUAUCUGAGGGUACCUCACUUUUUAAAAUAACUUCUACACUCGUGAAACUAAAAUGAGUUGGGUGAUACCUCACUCCUACAUUGUCUCCUUUUGCAUGAUCAGUAUGAAUGUCAAGCAGCAGGAAUUUUCGCUAUGCUUGCACCUGAAGAGGGCAGGUCGAUUCUUGGUAACAGGCAGUUUGGUUUACAAUGUAGACACUCCUUUGCUAAUUGUGAUGUAUGGCAGUGGGACUGAUUUGUAAUAAAAAUGUUAUUUAAUCUGUCUUUGUAUUUUGAUACUUGAACUAUUUCCUUUUUAUUUUCUGUAUAUAAAAAUUGUUAAAUCUGUCCAGUUUUUUGUGGUACCAAACAUAACCAAUCUGUGCAACAACAUAGACUGACCUCACUACAACAAGGCGAGACUGUAAAUAUUCCUGGGCUUCCAGCAGUCGUUUUGUUGUUUGUUUUUCAUAAUUGUAUGACUUAGAGCAGACUAAAUUAAUAAAAUUAGACACAACA